UAACGUCUCCCUCGAACCUUCCAAAGCAUCCCUCUCCUUCAUGGCUAGCGGCUCUAAGCUUCCCGUACUCCCUCUCCCCCACCCGACAAUUCUCUUACCGGGCUCCCGGCUAACCAUUCCCGUUUCCAAUGACAUCGGAGAAGCCUUGGUCGGACUCAUCGAGGAAUCUGAUGCACUCCCCGUCGUCGCAGCGGUCCCAGUAGCCUCAGACGACCCAAGCACCCCGACCUUGGCUGAAUUCGGCACUGCCGCCCGGAUUCUGCGCCUCGUGCGACCGUCCGCCCGACAAAGCCGACAAUCCUCGGGCUUCUUGCUCACCCUCCACGGCCUGACGCGCGUCCGACUGCUUGUGCCCUAUACCCCCGAUGCGGAGCAUUCAUUCAUUCCCUGGGAUAUCCAGUAUCCUCAGAACGUCAAGGAGGUGCCACCUCACAAAGUCGUUGAUGCCUUCAAACACAGCGCUCUGCGGUUGUUGGACCGGCUGGCGCAAGAAUCAGGACAACAGAGGAGGGACGGGUAUAACAAGGUCUCAAACAUGUUGGAGGAUGUGACGGAUGCUCGGGCGGCGUGGAUGGCUGAUAUCCUGGUGGGUACAGUGAACGCCAGUUUCGAGGACAAACUGGCUAUCUUACCGGUCACAAACCCCGAAGCUCGUGUCAUCCAUGCUACAGAAAUAUUCAAUAAACUCGCCUCCAUUUCUGAAGUUUCUACCAAGAUUGCAACCGAGGUGGAAGAGAAUGUGUACAAGCAACAGAAGGAGCACUUCCUGCGACAGCAACUGGCAGCUAUACACAAAGAACUUGCGUCUCUUUCAGGCUCUUCCGGAAACUUGGUCAAUGGGCCGAGCUCUGAACUAGAUGAAGACGAGCAGCAUGAAGCGGAUGACCUUGCCGAUCUCAAGCGUCGCAUCGAAGCUAUGGAGCCAGGGUCUGAAGAGCGCAAGAUGGGUGUCAGAGAGUGGCGCAGACUGAAACGCAUUCCGCCCGGCUCUGUCGAAAAUGGAGUGAUACGAUCUUACCUCGAGUGGUUGACAGCGAUUCCCUGGCCCAAUUCGACGACGGAAUUGGUCCGAGGUGUGAAAGACAGGACAUUCCUGGCCGCUGCACGCGAGCAGCUCGACGCGGAUCACUUUGGAUUGGAGAAAAUCAAGAAGCGUCUGAUUGAGUACCUGGCCGUGGUCCGACUGAAGGAGAUGAAUGCCGAGCGAGAACGGCAAACCGCGAGCACCGCUCUUGUCGUUGUUGAGGGAGGCGAAAGCAAGGAUCUCGCCGUUCCUCCAUCUCGGCCACCCCGGAAAGGCGUCAAAGGCCCGAUCUUGCUUUUCGUUGGCCCUCCUGGGACAGGAAAGACGUCUUUGGGUCAGUCCAUCGCCAAGGCCCUCGAUCGACCAUUCCAGAGGAUAUCUCUGGGUGGGGUGCGCGACGAAGGAGAAAUCCGAGGCCACAGGCGAACAUAUGUUGCCAGUGGACCAGGUUUGAUUGUCCAGGCCAUGCGCAAGGCGGGUCGAUCGGAUCCUGUUCUUCUCCUGGACGAGAUCGAUAAGAUCGGUGCGAAUAACUUCCAUGGCGAUCCCUCUGCUGCGCUGCUCGAGGUCCUGGACCCAGAACAGAAUCAUACUUUCAGUGACCACUAUAUUAAUGUACCUAUCGAUCUCAGCCAGGUUCUGUUCAUCUGCACGGCGAACAGUCUGGAGACAAUUUCUGGGCCGCUUCUAGAUCGAUGUGAGAUCGUUCAGCUCUCCGGAUAUACGUACGACGAGAAGAUGCACAUCGCCAAGCGAUUCCUGCUGCCCAAGCAACUCAGUGCCAACGGGAUGGACGAAACUCAUGUGCAGAUCACGGAUCCCGCGCUGAUGACCAUCGCCACUCAGUACACUCGGGAGGCCGGGGUGCGGAGUUUAGAUCGGGCCAUUGGUGCGGUCGUCCGCUACAAAGCGGUCGAAUGGGCCGAAAACGUGGAUCAGCAGGCUGCCGAGAAGAAGUCUUACACUGCUCUUGUCGAGGAUGCCGAGUUGGAGUCGAUCCUGGGCCUCGCCAGAUGGGAUCCCGAAGAACGCGAGAGAGAGGAACGGCGCGGCGUGGUCUACGGCCUUGUGGUCAUGGGCCAGGGUGAAGGAGGCAUCCUCCCCGUCGAGACGAUCUCAGUCCCUGGGGCCGGUCGACUCAAGUUGACGGGCAGUCUGGGCGAGGUGAUUAAAGAAAGUGGAGAGAUUGCGCUCAGUUGGGUGAAGACUCAUGCAUAUGACCUGUGCAUAACGGAAUCGCGCGCCCAUGAUCCCCUCAAGAUUCCAGAGCUGAUUGACAUCCAUCUUCAUCUUCCCGCUGGAGCUCAGAAGAAAGAUGGCCCCAGUGCCGGGAUUGCCAUGAUCUGCGCGUUUGUUUCCUUGCUGACCGGAGCCCGUGUGCCUACAAAUGUAGCGAUGACGGGUGAAGUCACACUGCGGGGGCGAGUGACGGCCGUCGGUGGAAUCAAAGAGAAAGUGCUCGGUGCUCAUCGCGCGCAGAUAAGCAAGGUCAUUCUUCCCUGGAGCAACCGCAAAGACGUCGAGCACGACGUGGCACCAGAAAUCAGACGGGCGAUGGAGUUUUUCUUCGUCCGCACCGUUGACGAGGCUUUGACUGCUGCGUUUGGUCAAGGCACUUUGGGUUGGAGGAAUGCAGCCGGACUUCUGAUGGAGAGUCGUCUGUAAUUGUAUCUGAAUAAUAUAAUUGUAUGUGUCACAUCAAUGCUAUAUUUACGGGAAGUUAUCCGUCAG